AUGGAGAUAAAAAGCCAUAAAGGAGGAAUGGAAGAUGGGCCAAACCCAGGAUUAUCCUUAAUAAACUCACUUGCAACCGCUGCUAGCCUGAAAAAUGUCAGAAUGCUUAUUAGUGGUGACACAGAUAGACCGAAGACAGAUAAAGGAAGAACAGACUGCUGGGUUAACUUCGGAGAUAAAUCUACUCUUACCAGAAGACCUGAUAAAGUUGAUAGAAGGCUCAGCAAUUACGCUAAACCCUUCAGUACAUUGAGAAGUAAGGGCCUCAGUCCGACAAAGCAAAGAGUGUUAGGGAUCAAAGAUGGAAAUUUCCAUGAGCUUUUCCAAGAAGUCGUCAGAUUCCAAGUGCCUAGUGUCGAAGAUGAAAAGCGCAAGAAAUAUUUUGUAGAUGAGGAUUCAAAGGAAGAGGAUACUAAAUCUGAUAGAGAUGAAUACCUCAAUAAAAUGCUCAAUAACUUGAAAGAAACUAACGCUGGAGCAAACCUGGACAAAGAGAGUGACAAUAAAUCCGAAUCUAGCAUGAAGAGGCUUGAUACUCCUGCUGAAAGCGGCAUAUCUUCUGUUUCUGGAGACCAAGAAAAGCCAAUGGAAAAGUUAGAUAUAUUCUCCAUGUCGUCUAAGAAAAAAAUUAAGCUGAAGAAAGGACUGACUUUGAAGAAAAGAGAUAGUAUGAAAUCAAAUAAUGAGCAGAGAUUAAACAUGACUAUUGAUGAUAGAGACCGUAAGAAUGAGCUUUUGCAGGAAGCAAUGAAACUCAGAGCAGCUUACUCUCCUGAAGUUAAAAGAAGCAGCAGGAGGAGCAGUAGAAGAAGCAGAAGGAAUAGCCAAGGCAAGCAUAGCAAAUCUUUGAUGAAAAUCGUCACUCAGGAUGAUAGAUCUAAUGACUAUUACCUUCCAACUAUCAAGAAAGAUUCUGAAAAGUAGAGCUAUCAGCUCAUAUAUAGGAAAGUUUUCGAGAAUCCUCGUGAAGCAUACUCGACCAAAAGCUCUAUCAAAAUAUCGUCAAAGUAAGAAGAAGAUAGCCGCCAGUUUAUCAAGUGAUAGGGUGAGCAAAACAGACCAGGAAGUAAGGGAGAACUCUAUUGACUACUUCAUCAACAAUUCGAAGCAUAAGCUCAAGAACAAAUUUAUGAGCAGCCUUGCUAAGAAUGGAAUCAGCCCACUCAAAGGGAAAAACAGCACCACUAAAGUCCUUCUAGGAGCUAGCUCAAAGCUGAAUGGGUCUUCUAGGAAAUUUAUGCUUGGCAGAAAUGACGAAGACGGAUUUGUGUUGCCGAAGAUUUAACUUGGAAUACUUGUGGUCGUAUAAUGAGAUAUCCAUCUUCAAUCU